AUGGCUGACAAGCGAUGUUUCGUGACCAUCGGUGCAACCGCGUCAUUCAACGGUCUGGUCAAGGCAGUGUUGGAGCCCGAAUUCAUCACAGAACUCCAACGAGCGGGAUACAGUCAUCUACGGGUUCAGUAUGGCGAUCAUGAGGGAGAAGAGAUCUUUAAAGCAAAGAAGGCACAAUUAAGGGAGACGCUGGUAGUUGACGGGUUUAACAUCACAGGCUUCGGUUUCAACAAGGCAGGUCUACGAGAGGAGAUGGUAGCAGUGAAAGGACACUCGAUAGAAAGCGAAGGAAUGAUCAUCAGCCAUGCCGGGUCAGGGUCAAUCCUCGAUGGCCUUCGAGUGGGUGUCCCUCUGGUCGUUGUUCCGAAUACCGACCUUCUUCACAACCACCAAGUCGAGCUGGCUGAAGUGUUGGCUGAACAGCAAUAUGUGGUGUAUGGGAAGCUAGACGACCUUCCGGCCGCGAUAGAGGAUGUUGAGAAACUGCGACGCCGAAUGAGGGACUGGCCGCCUCUGCGCUCCGGUGAAGAAAAGUACAAGCAUGGACUUGCCGAUGUCAUGGCCGAGGAAAUGGGCUGGCAAAUCGACUGA